AUGGACGUUGCAGUUUUUUCGAGCUUGGGGCAGACACUGGCCACUGGUGCAGUGUUGGCCGUGGCAUACUACGUCUUGUCCGCCAUCUACUGCCUCUACUUCCACCCGCUCUCCAAAUUCCCGGGGCCCCGAACAGCAGCCUUCUCGCGGCUCCCAUUCGCGAUUUCGGCAGCACGAGGGUCGCAGUACAAAUGGCUCGACAGCCUGCACGAGCAGUACGGGCCUGUGGUGCGCAUCGCGCCCAACGAGCUGACGACCAUCUCGUCCGGAGCGUGGAAGGACUUGUACCUGCAGCGCCCGCAGCUGCCCAAGGACCCGCACCCGCAGACGCCGCCGCUGAAUGGAGCAGACUCGCUCUUCACGGCUGAAGGCUCGACGCACCAGCGGAUGCGCAAGACGCUGCUGGGGGCGUUCAACGACCGGGCGCUGCGGGCGCAGUCGUCCAUCAUCGAGAUGUACGCAGACCUGUUCGUGCAGCGGCUGCGGCGCGAGGCAGCCAAGAGCAGCGACGGGGUGAUUGACCUGGCCAAGUUCUACGGGUACGCAGCGCUGGACAUCAUCUCGGACCUGGCGUACGGCGAGAGCUUCCACGGGCUGGAGGGCGACAACGAGCACGGGUGGAUCAUGGGCUUCUUCCUGGGGGCCAAGUUCGGGGCGGUGCGCAACAACCUCAGCUACUUCUACCCGCUAGACCGCGUCUUCGGCUUCGUGUUCCUGCGGCUCACGGCGGGGGUGCGGGCGCGCAACUGGGCGUACACGGCCGGACUGGUGACGAAGCGGCUGGAGAUGGGCGACCUGGGGGUGACGCGGUCAGACUUCGUGUCGCCCGUCAUCGGCAACAUCAGCAGCGACUCGAAGCAGCAGAAGGGCGGCAUCACGCGUGACGAGCUCAACACGCACUCGCUGGCCGUCACCAUCGCGGGUUCGCAAUUGCCGACGGUGGCGCUGGCGACGGCGACGUAUCUGCUGCUGCGCCACCCUGACAAGCUGCAGGCGCUGCGGGACGAGAUCCGGUCGUCGUUCGAGGCCGAAUCCGACAUCAGCGUCGCGUCGACAGCCGGGCUGCCGUAUCUCCAGGCGGUGAUUGAUGAAACACUGCGGAUCCACCACCCGACGCCCAUCGCUCUGCCGCGCAUAAUCCCGGCGACCGGGCUGCAGGUCGACGGCCAAUGGAUCCCUGGCAACACGGUCAUGGGCAUUGCGAUGCAGACCGCGCAGACGUCGAGGCGCAACUGGACGGCGCCACGCGAGUUUCAUCCUGAACGGCACCUUCCGGCAGGCCACCCGCUGCGCGACUCACGCUUCGACCAGGACGACCGCGAGGCCUUCAAGCCGUUUUCCAUCGGGACGCGCAACUGCCUGGGCGGCAAAGUGUUCCUUGGCGAGGCCAGAGUGCUGCUGGCGCGCACCUUCUGGAGCUUCGAGCUGGAGCUGGCGGCCGACACGCCCGCCGAUUGGAUGGACCAGAAAGCCUAUCUUGUUUUUGAACCGAAGCCGGUUCGCGUUAGACUAUCCGAGAAGGCGUUGCAUGGUUAG